UGUAAAGCUUUCUUUCAACUAUAUACAAAUCUAUACAAAUCAAAUAGCAACAACUUGGAAACGACAUCUCUUCUGCCGCUAGUGUCGGCACACUUAGUCGCAUACCAUCCUUUAUAUUGCUACCUACUUAACUUGUUUUAACGAGAACGGUAUUCCCGUCGGUCUGAUCUUACUUGAGACCAGGCAAUAUGACGGGGCGACGCGAUUUCCUAAGCCACCCGGCGCCGGAGAACUAUGUCGCAGGUUUAGGACGUGGUGCUACAGGUUUUACUACGCGUUCGGACUUGGGUCCAGCUAGAGAAGGGCCUUCUGAAGACCAAAUCAAGGAAGCUCUUGCGAAACGUGCAGCGCAACUGGGAUUUGGCGGCGAGGCAGCAGGCAAAAAGGACGAGGAAGAUGACAAUGACGACCGAUAUCAAGAUCCUGACAACGAGGUCGGCCUCUUUGCCGGUGGGGUUUAUGAUAAAGAUGACGACGAGGCAGACAGGAUAUACCGAGAGAUAGAUGAAAAGAUGGACAAGCGCCGGAGGGCAAGAAGGGAAGCCCGCGAAAAGGCAGAACAAGAAGAGUACGAGCUCAAGAACCCCAAGAUUCAACAGCAGUUUGCCGACCUGAAGAGAGGACUGGAAAGCGUUACCGAAGAAGAAUGGGCAGCGCUACCCGAGGUUGGAGAUCUUACCGGAAAGAAUAGGCGGAGCAAACAAGCAAGACAGCAGCGCUUCUACGCUGUUCCGGAUAGCGUAUUGGCCGCCGCGGGGAGCUCCGGCGAACUUGGGAGCACCAUAGUUGAAGACGGUGCGGCAUCGACAGCCGGUGGCUCGAGCAAUCAGGAUGGGACAAUGACAAAUUUUGCCAAGAUCGGACAGGCCAGAGACAAAGUCCUUCAGGUUAGGCUUGACCAAGCAUCUCAGAGCGGAAGCACCACAUCGGGAAGCGCCACGAGCGUCGAUCCUAAGGGUUACCUAACGAGUCUAGCAAAAACUCAACUACCAGAAAGCGCGGCUCAGGUGGGCGAUAUCAACAGGGUCAGGGAACUACUCGAAUCCGUUAUCAAGACUAAUCCGAACAAUGGCCCUGGUUGGAUCGCUGCCGCUCGUCUCGAGGAACUUGCUGGUAAGAUUGUAGCAGCGCGGAAUGUUAUCGCGCGAGGUUGCGAACACUGCCCUAAGAACGAGGAUGUCUGGCUCGAAAGCAUUCGACUUAACGAAGGACGCAACGCCAAGGUUAUUGCGGCACAAGCAAUUCAUAAGAAUAAUCGCUCGGUGCGGUUAUGGGUUGAAGCGAUGAAAUUAGAAGAUGACACUAGGUCGAAGAAACGGGUUAUACGACACGCUUUAGACCAUAUUCCCGAAUCAGAGGCCUUAUGGAAGGAGGCCGUCAACCUAGAGGAAGACCCGGAUGAUGCUAGAUUACUUUUAGCGAAAGCUACAGAGCUUAUCCCCUUGUCCGUGGACCUGUGGCUAGCAUUGGCUAGGCUUGAGAGUCCCGAGAACGCGCAGAAGGUGCUGAACAAAGCUCGUAAGCACUGUCCGACAUCCCACGAGAUUUGGAUAGCUGCCGCGAGAUUGCAAGAGCAGCUAGGACAAGGAGAAAAGGUCAACGUCAUGAAACGUGCUGCACAAGUCCUCGUCAAGGAGUCGGCGAUGCCAAAGCGGGAGGAAUGGAUAGCAGAAGCAGAAAAGUGCGAACAGGAGGGUGCUAUAAUCACAUGCGGCGCGAUCAUUCGGGAAACCCUCGGUUAUGGUCUCGACGAAGAUGACGACCGCAAAGAUACUUGGCUGGAUGAUGCGCGUGGGAGUAUCAAUCGGGGCAUGUAUGAAACGGCUCGAGCUAUAUUUGCAUACGCGCUUCGAGUAUUUCCCACGAGCAAAACAAUUUGGUUAGCAGCUGCAGAUCUCGAAAGGAACCACGGGUCGAAAGAGGAUCUAUGGCAAGUUCUUGAGAAGGCUGUCAAUGCCGUGCCUCGGAGCGAAGUGCUAUGGAUGAUGCUUGCAAAGGAGAAAUGGCAAGCCGGAGAGAUCGAUAAUGCACGUCGCGUUUUGGCGAGAGCGUUCCAGCAGAAUCCGAACAAUGAGGAUAUUUGGUUAGCAGCAGUCAAGCUGGAAGCUGAGAACGGCCAGAUCGAUCAAGCACGAGGCUUGCUAAAGACAGCCCGGCAGGAGGCUCCGACCGAUCGUGUCUGGAUGAAGAGCGCCGUCUUUGAACGGCAACUAGACGACCUCGAUGCAGCACUAGAUCUCGUCCAACAAGCGCUCAAUCUCUUCCCCACAUCUGCCAAGCUCUGGAUGAUGAAGGGUCAAAUUUACGAAGAUCUAAGUAAACCAUUACAAGCGCGCGAAGCUUACAGCACGGGAGUAAAGGCAGUACCGAAAUCGGUCCCUCUGUGGCUACUCUACUCCCGCCUAGAAGAGAAGCUCGGUCAGCUGCCCAAGGCCCGUUCGGUCCUCGAUCGCGCGCGCCUCGCCGUGCCCAAAUCCGCAGAGCUAUGGUGCGAGUCGGUGCGUGUGGAGAGGCGGGCGCAGAACACAAAACAGGCCGAGUCGCUGAUGGAGCGAGCGCUCCGCGAUGUACCCAAGGCGGACCAAGGUAUCUUGUGGAGUGAGAAGAUAUGGCAUCUAACAACGCGGCCGCAGCGGAAACCCCGGGCUCUCGAGGCGAUCAAGGAGGUAGAUAACGACCCGGCGCUGCUGGUAGCCGUGGCGCGCAUCUUCUGGGGCGAGCGACGACUCGAGAAGGCUCAGAACUGGUUCGAGAAAGCGCUGGUGAGGGACUCGGACCUGGGUGAUAGUUGGGCGUGGUACUACAAGUUCCUGCUCGAGCACGGGACGCAGGAGAAGCGCGAAGAGGUCGUUAGCAAGUGUAUUAGCGUGGAGCCCCGGCACGGUGAGGUCUGGCAGGCUAUAGCGAAGAACCCAAAGAAUGCGCGCAAGGGCGUGGAGGAAAUUUUGAAGCUUGUUGCUGCUGAGCUGCACUAGAGGUGCGCGAUUCCCUGCGCUGGGUAUCUAGAUCUAGUACAUGUAUUAAAUAAUUUAUUAUUAAUAAAGUGGCCUGGACAGCUUUGAGUAAACUUCAGGG